AUGGAGCGACGACGCCGGACGGGCCGCAGCUGGACGGGCUGCCGCUUUACGGGCCGCUGUCCCAUCACAGUGGUUCUCUUCUUGACUCUUCCUACGUUGGCGCUGACAGACGGCGUCAGAUUAGUCGAUUUUGGAAAAUGCGCUGGAAGAGUCGAACUGUCCAACGGCACCAGAGUGUGUGGAGACGGGUGGAGUCUGCAGGAGGGCGGUGUCGUGUGUAGGGCUCUCUCCUGUGACAAAGCUUUGGCAGUGGGGCCUUUUGGCUCCGGCUCCAGGGCCAUUUUCCUGAAGGACGUGACGUGUAGUGGAAAUGAAAAGAGUCUGACCCAGUGCAAGAACUCAGGGUUUGGACCAAAGACCUGCCAAAGUGAAGCAGGAGUAGUGUGUUCAGGAGGCUUUGCUAAUCCGUCCGUCUCCGCUCGUCCCGCUGACGUCCACUGGGGCGGCAGCACAAGUGUCACAUGUUCCAUUUCAAAACAAAUCCAUCAGGUGACCAAAGGACGAUUCAACCUGAUCAAGAACGAGGUUCAAGAAGCGACGGGGGACAGUGAAUCUGAGACUUUUAAAGUGUCGGACGUGAAGUUUGAAGACAAACAUGAGUGCUGCUAUCAAGCGAAAGGAAACAUCUUCUGCAGCAAAGUCACCUUGAAUUUGACUGUCGAUUUGCGGUUGGCUCCGAACAUCUCAGCCUCGUUUCUUGACCAGCAGCAGUGGUCCACGUCCAGCAUCCAGGUCACUACGGGCUACGGUUUUGUCAUAAACUGCUCCACUUCGACCGCUUACCCCGAAGGCCUGUUCCUCCUGCGGUUCUCCGGCUCCAACAGCUCCUUCAGCGCGUCUUCAGUCGACCGCACGGCUUUGUUCUACUUCAACGUGUCCCGGAGCGAACACCAGGGACAAUACAGCUGCGAGUAUCACGUCACCGGGGCGGGACGCACGUACACCUCCCCGAAAUCUGACCUCUUCGUGGUGACCGUUAACCCACCUCUGCUUCUCAUUAUCCUUCCUGUGGGGGCAGUGAGUCUGCUGGUUCUUGUCCUGAUUGGAUUCUACUUCUUAUACAGAAGAAGAAGAAAAAGAAGAGGAAGUGCACACGUCACCGACCUCACAACCUCAACCCCAGCUCCAAUGAGCACCAUGAACCGAUAUGAAGACUCAGACGAUGAAGAGGAGGCCGACUACGUGAACGCUCCAGACGGAGGACAAGACGAGGACAGCGACGAGCCGGAUUAUAUGAACGUGACAGUGGUCAAUGAUAACGACAUCGUGGACAUUUAUGGAGGCGAUGAUGAGAAUAUUUAUCAGAACUGUUAAUUUAAGUCUCCUGCGCCGCUUCAGCAAAAAGGAGUUUGUGUUUUGUUUUAAGAAGUGGCACUUUUUGAGCUGUGAAAAAUGUUCGGUUAAGUGUGAUUCUUUUAUUUAGUUAAAAAAAUAAAUUAAAAUAUUGAUACUGCCAGUUUAUUUCUCCACAUGUGACAAAAGUAUAGCUCAGGUUUU